AUGGCCUUUGUUAACUACGCGCACGCUGUGUGGCAGAUUGUACCCUUCGUGCUGGAGGGGGAAGUUGCGGUCAUCUAUAGCCGCAUGAUUGUCGCCUUUCUGGACUGGCACGAGACAUUCGUGCGGGCAGUGGAGCACACAGAUGAGAGUCUGAGCGCGUUCGACACCGCCAAUCGCAUGUAUGCUUUGGUGGAAAGCAGCUUUCCGCGCGAGCACUCUGGGUGGAACCUUGUGAAGGUGCACAUGCUGCUUCACCUCACAGAGGCGAUUCGAAGGGGGGGGCUGCUAGGAGAAUACUCCGCGGCGGUGUACGAGAACGCACACAUCCACACCGGCAAGAGGCCGUACCGACGAUCCAACCAUCGGGACGUGGGGCGUGUGAUUGCGCAGCACAACACCAACGCUGCUCUACUGACCCGCCUCCCAACCAGCCUCGAGGGCGAUCGCCAGUACAACACCGCGAUGUGCCGGCUGUUGACUACCUUCGUGCUGAAGAGGCAAGAGCUGCGUCUGCCCCUAGUGGGAGGCGCCGCGGCGGCAGGGGAGGCAGGGGUGGUGGGGGCGGCAGAGGUGGAGGCGGCGGUGGAGGCGGUGGAGGCGGUGGAGGGGGUGGCGGUGGAGGCGGUAGUGGUGGUGGGGGCGGCGGGGCAAGUGGCGGCGGGGGUGGCGGCAGUGAGUGGUGGAGGCAGCGGUGGUGGCGGCGGUAGUGGUGGCAGUGGGGGUGGAGGUGGCGGCAGUGGGGGCGGCAAGGGUUGCACCAGCCAGAGGGGAGGCCUUGGAGGUGCUUCCCGCUGA